AUGUCCGUAGACAAGAUUCGUGUCGAGGGUGACCCCCGCAUCCAGCACAAAAGUGCUACAGUCAAUGGCCGCAACUAUGGCUAUCUUCUAAGCCAACCAGAAUCUGGCACAUACCGAGCCACCAUUUUCUUGCUUCAUGGAUUUCCUGAUAUUUCUUUUGGCUGGCGCUAUCAGAUCCCCCUAUUCUUGAAUAUGGGUCUCCGAGUCGUUGCCCCAGACUGCCUAGGCUAUGGCCGCACUGAUGCUCCGGAUGACUAUACCGAAUACUCCCACAAGAGGGGAGCAAAUGAUAUCAAAGAACUCGCCGCCCAACUAGGCGCGUCCAAGAUCAUUCUCGGAGGUCAUGACUGGGGCGCCGCUUUCGCCUACCGCGUUGCGCUUUGGCACCCGGAUCUAGUCACUCACCUCUUCACGGUCUGCGUGCCUUAUGCCCCGCCAAAGGAGGGCUUCAUCCCGCUUGAGGAAAUCGUGCAGAAGAGUGCCCCGAAUUUCAUGUAUCAGGUGCAAUUCGCCAGUGGAGAGGUGGAGAAAGUAAUCAAAACGAAGUCCGAGAUCAAGCAAUUUUUGCUGUCGUUGUAUGGCGGAUGCACGCCGGAGAGAGAGUUCGGCUUCGAUGUCACCAAGGGGGUUCUGUUCGACAAACUUCCUCGGCUGCUUCCGUCGAGACUGCUGAGCGAGGCGGAAACGGAAUACUACGCCACGGAAUUCGCGAGACACGGAAUGCAUGGGCCUUUGAACUGGUAUCGCACUCGCAAGGUUAAUCAUGAUGAUGAACUCGCAAUUCUCGGUCGCAAGAUCGAGAUUCCCGUCCUGUUCAUCCAGGCCCUCAGGGACGGCGCCCUUCCCCCGCAUCUUGGGAAGUCGAUGAGCAAGACUCUUCCCAAUUUGGCCAUUGAGCGGGUUGACACCGCGCACUGGGCACUCUGGGGGAAGCCUGCGGAGGUCAAUGCAAUUCUCAAAAAUUGGCUGCAGAAUGUUGCAUUGCAAGCAAAGCCUUCGGUUAAGCUGUGA